CCUCUUCAUCCACGUCGAUUAGUUCUUUCAAACUGAAUUGGAAUCCCAUGACCUUGCAGACAACAACCCGUGUCUCUUUGUUCUCUGCCUCUCUAUCUUCAUCAGCAACACAUUUAAAUGUCCAUGAGACAACAACCCGUGUCUCUUUGUUCUCUGCCUCUCUAUCUUCAUCAGCAACACAUUUAAAUGUCCAUGAGCCUAACAGGUAAAAUUGUUCAUGUCUGAGGAUUACCCAUCAAAAGUUGGCCAGAAAUCACAAGAUCAUCGUCAAGCAAAGACAACUUCAGUGUUACAUUCAAGUGCUAAUGAACCUGAUGAUUUACCCCUUGGGUUUGAAAGCAGUCAUUUCCUGAACCAAUCAAAGUUCAAAUUUUCCCAUAUUUCCCAGAUGAAAUGGGAAUGCCCUCCCCCGGUUAUUCUCAAUUCUGGUUGGCUUGUUGCGGCUGGUGAAGAAAGUAGGGAGAGAGAGGUUCAGAAGCUGAGAGAAAAGAGAGUGCUUGAAGCAGUUUAUCCCCGUACUUCUGCCAUUCCUCCUAGCCCUUCUGUUUUUUGGAAUGUAGAAGAGGAAGAAUAUGAUGAUAACCUUACUCCUCUCAUCCCUAUGAUUCCCAUUGAGGAGCGAGAGUCUUUGGAGAUUUCGCCCGAAUUGGCAGUAGCAGCUAACCCUGCCCCCAAUUUGCAGUCACAGAACUUGCAGCAAUAUAUGUUGGCUAUAACCCCCAUCAAUUCAGACUGUAAUGCCUCCUGUACUGUUUCCUCGGAUGCCUGUGCAGUGCCCUUAUCUGGGAUAUCUCCUGACUUAGCAGCAGCCUCUGCUGUUGUAGCAGCCAUCAAUGAGCAAGGAAGCUUGAUUGACAUGGAUCUACUCGUUAAAAUACUUAAUGACCCAAAAUUGAUUGAGAAACUGAUUAAUGAACAAAGAACUGCACCCACCACUAUAAGUGCGUCCUCAAAUAAUAGGGGUAUACCCACUUCUGGAUUGAAACCUGCUAUUCCAUCAGUUCCGUUGUCUACUUCUGCACGUGAUGCGGCAACUUCUAGGAUUACUCCCACAAGUACAGUGGUUUUAUUACCUUCUGGGUUGAAGCCUGCAACUCCAUCAGUUUCAUUGUUGAAUCCCUCACCUGAUAAGCCAGCAACUCUGUCAGUGUUAGCAAUUCCAUCAGGGUCACUGUUGUCGGCUACAAAUGAUAAGCCUGCGAUUGCAUCAGUUCCAUUGUCUAGGCCUUUUCCUGGUAAACCCUCAAUUCCAUCAGGGUCACUGUUGUCGGCUAUAUAUGAUAAGCCAACGACUGCAUCAGUUCCAUUGUCCAGGCCUGUUCCUGGUAAACCAGCAUUGCCACCAGUUUCAAAGUUGUCGGCUAUGCAUGAUAAGCCAACAACCGCAUCAGUUCCAUUGUCUAGGCUUGUUUCUGGUAAACCAGCAAUUCCAUCACUGAGGGCUACACAUGAUAAGCCAGCAACUGCAUCAGUUCCAUUGUCUAGGCCUGUGCCAGGUAAACCAGUAACUCCAGUUUCUUUCCCUACACCUCCACCUGCACCUCAUAUGCACAGGCCUGUCAACCGAAACAUUCAUCAUAUUUCAAAUGGAAUGCCACCUGCUUUAAAUAAGCAACCUCCUCAACAAGAUGCAGUUCUGGCAUCUGGGGUAAAGCGAGCUGCAUCAUUGGCUUCAAUAUCUUCUAGUGAAUUAAGCUCGAUUCCAUUGCCUUAUACUAAUGGGAACUUGCAUUCAGUUUUUAAUCAGGCGCAAUUCUCAGCUAGUAUAACUCCUUAUCCACUAAGUACAGGUUCAGCAUUUCGGGUAAAGGAUGUCAACUAUUAUAAAAACCUCAUUAGGCGACAUGGUGCUGCAGAUAAGCAAGAUAUGCAGAACUCACAAAUAGGUAACCAUCAUAGUAAUUUCCAAGAUUUGAAAUUGGAACAUAACAUUAAACAAGGUGAAGCCAAACUCAAAAUCCAGAAACCAUGCAUAUACUUUAAUAGCUCAAGAGGGUGCCGAAAUGGUUCCAAUUGCCUCUAUCAGCAUGAUUUAUGAGUUCAGUUGGGAGCUGGUAACGUCCUAGGGGCCCAGAAUGCAAAGAGAGUGAAAUUAGGACCAGAAAUUUAAGGGAGAACAUAAUCUUAAGCGGCAUAUUCCAAAGGUAAAAACUUUAAAGCUUCUUUUUUGUUUCACCCUGUACAGAUACAGAAGGGGAUGGAAGGAAGGAGUGAGAGGAAGAAAAUACAUUGAUUUUAUAGGAGGAUUACAAAGUUUUCUGGUUGUUCUUGGUGUUGGUCGUCGGAUUUUGAUUUGAAGUAGUUCUAGUAGAAUUGGGUCGUGGACUGGGUUUAUUGGUUUGAAAAAUAGAAAAGCAUCCGUUUAUAAUUUUUUUUUUUACAAAUUAUACUAAGUAUGACUGGUUAUGAACUUUUGAUUGAAGUAUGACUGGUCAUAUUUAGUAUAAUUUGUAAACAAAAAGUUUG